ACUCUCUCUUUCUCCUUGCCCACUUCGAAGUUCUUCUUACUUCCUACAAAAAUUUUCAUCGUAGUCUCAGAUCCAUCACUUCAUUCGUUGUCACUGCCACACAGAGAGAGAGAGAGAGGGAGGGAGAGAGAGUCACCAUGGGCACGACGAGCAUGGCGAGUAGGGUUUUUCUGCUUCUUCUGAUAUUCUUAUCGUCUUCAAAUCUCAGUCUUUCGCUUUACGAAGAUCAAGUUGGUCUCAUGGAUUGGCACCAGCAGUACAUAGGGAAAGUGAAGGGAGCAGUGUUCCAUACUCAGAAAAGCGGGCGAAGGCGUGUUGUAGUGUCCACUGAAGAGAAUGUUAUAGCAUCACUUGAUCUCCGCCACGGGGAGAUAUUCUGGAGACAUGUUCUUGGGAGCAAUGAUGUCAUAGACGGAAUUGACAUAGCCUUGGGAAAAUAUGUCAUAACCCUCUCAUCAGGGGGAGGUAUUUUAAGAGCAUGGAACCUUCCUGACGGUCAGAUGGUGUGGGAGUCUUUUUUGGAGGGCUCAGGGGCCUCAAAGUCACUAUUAACUGUCCCGACAAACUUGAAAGUCGACAAGGACAAUUUGAUCCUUGCUUUUGGUAAAGGGUCUCUGCAUGCUAUUUCUAGCAUUGACGGUGAGGUUCUUUGGAAAAAGGAAAUUGCACCAGAAAGUGUAGAGGUUCAACAGAUUAUUCAGCCUCUUGGCAGUGAUAUAAUUUAUGUACUAGGAUUUUUUGGAUCUUCCCAGUUUGAUGCAUAUAAGAUCAAUGCUAGGAAUGGAGAGUUGCUGAAACACAACAGUGCAACGUUUUCGGGUGGCUUUUCCAGUGAAGCGCUAGUAGUUUCAAGUGAAAUUCUUGUGACAUUGGAUUCCACAAGAUCAAAGUUGGUAAUUAUAAGCUUUCAGGAUGGAGAAAUUAACUAUCAACAGACACACAUAUCUGAUAUCUUUGGGGAUUCUUUGGGAACACCAGUGCUAUUACCUUCAAAACUUCCUGGAGUGUUUUCUGUUAAAAUUGAUGAAGCGGUGGUAUUCAUAAGAGUGACUGGUGAAGGAAAAUUAGAGGUACUGGAUAAAAUAAACAAUGUGGCGGCUAUUAGUGAUGCAAUCUCACUUUCAGAGGGCCAACAAGCUUUUGCAUUAAUUCAACAUGGAGACGGUAAGAUCCAUCUCACAGUGAAGCCUAGCCAUGACCUGAGUGGUGAUUUGCUGAAAGAGAGUAUUGAUAUGGACAAUCAGAGGGGGACUGCCCAUAAGAUUUUCAUUAACAAUUAUAUCCGGACAGACAGGUCUCACGGGUUUAGGGCCCUAAUUGUGAUGGAGGAUCAUUCACUUUUAUUGUUACAACAAGGUGCUAUUGUCUGGAGUAGGGAGGAUGGGCUUGCCUCAAUUGUUGAUGUGGUAACAUCAGAACUACCUGUGGAAAAGGAAGGUGUAUCUGUAGCAAAAGUGGAGCAGAACCUCUUUGAGUGGCUUAAGGGACACGUACUGAAGCUUAAGGGAACCUUAAUGCUUGCAAGUGCUGAAGAUGUUGCAGCUAUACAAGAGAUGAGGUUGAAAAGUUUUGAAAAGAGCAAAAUGACCCGUGACCAUAAUGGUUUCCGGAAGCUGCUCAUAGUGCUUACGAGAGCAGGAAAACUUUUUGCCUUGCACACUGGAUAUGGACAAGUUGUCUGGUCUCUCUUACUACCUACUCUGCGUAGAUCUGAAACGUGUGAGUAUCCGACUGGGUUGAAUAUUUAUCAUUGGCAGGUACCCCAUCAUCAUGCGCUGGAUGAAAAUCCAUCUGUCCUUGUAGUAGGUCGAUGUGGGAAAAAUUCUGACGCACCAGGUGUUCUUUCUAUUGUUGAUGCAUACACUGGCAAGGAAAUUAAUUCCAUGGCUGCCAUACAUUCUGUUGCGCAAGUUAUACCACUUCCAUUUACUGAUUCAACAGAACAGCGUCUUCAUCUACUAAUAGAUGUAAACCAGCACGGGCAUCUAUACCCAAGAACAUCUGAGGCUAUUGAUAUUUUUCAACGUGAGCUUACAAACAUAUACUGGUACUCAGUUGAGGCUGACAAUGGCAUUAUCAAAGGACAUGUCUUGAAAAGCAAUUGCAUCCAGGAAGUCAUAGAUAACUACUGCUUUGAGUCCAAGGACAUAUGGUCAAUUGUAUUCCCAUCUGACUCAGAAAGGAUCAUUGCAACUGUGAUAAGAAAAUUGAGUGAGGUUGUUCAUACUCAAGCAAAGGCUAUUGCAGAUGAAGAUGUGAUGUUUAAGUAUAUAUCUAAAAAUCUACUCUUUGUGGCAACUGUUGCACCAAAAGGUAGUGGUCCAAUUGGAACAGCAACCCCAGAGGAGUCCUGGUUGACUGUAUAUCUUAUUGAUACUGUAACUGGUCGUAUAUUGCAUCGUAUGACCCACCAUGGCUCACAGGGGCCUGUGCAUGCUGUUUUUAGUGAGAAUUGGGUUGUUUACCACUACUUUAAUCUUAGAGCACACAGAUAUGAGAUGUCAGUCAUUGAGAUAUACGAUCAGUCCCGAGCGGACAAUAAGGAUGUUUGGAAGCUUGUUCUGGGAAACCAUAAUCUUACUUCGCCUAUUUCUUCAUAUUCUCGACCUGAGGUUGUGACGAAAUCGCAGUCUUACUUCUUCACGUAUUCUGUAAAAGCUCUAGCUGUGACGUUAACAGCAAAGGGUAUAACUUCAAAGCAGGUUCUUAUUGGUACAAUUGGUGAUCAGGUUUUGGCACUUGACAAGCGUUUUCUGGAUCCCCGUAGAUCAGUCAACCCCACAACAGCUGAGAAAGAGGAAGGCAUUAUUCCUCUAACAGAUUCAUUGCCAAUAAUUCCUCAAUCCUAUGUGACGCAUGCCCUCAAAGUGGAAGGACUUCGAGGCAUAGUGACAGUACCGGCCAAGCUGGAGUCAACAACCCUUGCCUUUGCAUAUGGAGUGGAUCUGUUUUUCACUCAACUCGCACCUUCGAGGACCUACGAUUCGCUAACAGAUGAUUUCAGCUAUGCAUUGCUUCUCAUCACCAUUGUUGCACUCAUAGCAGCUAUCUUUGUAACCUGGAUUUUGUCAGAGAAGAAAGAACUACGAGAGAAGUGGAGGUAACACCUCCGCUAGUCUUUCGCAUCCUGACAUUUUUGUUUUUUGCCCUUAGUUUAACUUAAAUUAGGAGGUUUCCACUCCUAACUUGUAAUUUUUUUAGCAUGCCUUCCUUUAGAGGCAUUUUUUUGUUGUAAAAUUUCUAUAUUGUUUAGUUGUAUUGACAAUCCAAAUUUAGUCUUCAUGUUGUACAUUUGAAGUGCAAGAAAAUAGUGUACUCUUUCGCGCCUUUUA